AUGCGUCAGGAUGUGGUCCUCGCUUCCUGCCUUCUCUCAGUUGUUCUUCCAUUUGGAUUGAAACCCGUCGAGGCAGCUGUCCCGUCACUACACUACUACCACGUGAACUCCGAGGAACAGCCAAAAUUUUACAAAAGGUUCCAGCGAAGAAUCCUCCCUGUACAUUUCCCCGACUACACCGAAGACGACGACAACAAAAGUUGGCACUUGGAUAAUCUUGAGAUCGAAAACUUGGACCAGCCCAAGCCCUUCGUCGACGACUGUCCCUUGAUUGAAAAGUACCAACCUUAUUAUCCGUCGGAGAAUGAGUCCGACGACGACCGGUUCCAGAGAUACGCUCGUUCUCGCAAUUCCGUGAAGCAACAACAACAACAGGCGAAGAAGAAGAAGAAGAAGACCAAGACUCGGUUCAACAGCGAGGUUCUUGCUUGUCGGACCUUUCUGGACCCCUGGACUGGGCUCAAGUGCCCCUCGCGGCAACCCAUGAUUCCCGCCGUCGCCGCCUCGGCCGCCAUGGCCCCGAUCGCCGGGUUCUGGCCGCCGCAUUAUUUCGCCAGGGACGCCGGCCUCGCUGCUGGGCAUAAUCCCUGGGCCGCCUACAGCAUGAUGCAUCCUCCGCCUGUGAUGCCAUCGUAUGCGCAACCUCGGGCGUCUUUCUUGGACUGGUUCAUCACUCCCACAACCCGGAUUGUCGAGCUCGUGGGACGACGACUCAGUCCCCGUCCUCCGAUGCCCUACGUCCCGAUCCGCAGCAAGAAACCCACCACGUUGAUCCCGUCCCAGAACAACGCCACCAGCAUCAACUCAUCAUCCGACGCGACUUCCGAUCCCAGCAAACCAAGCACUAAAGCCUCCGUCAACUCGGCGACAACCAAUAAAAGUACUAGUACUAGCGGUGUUAGUAGUAGUAGUACUGCUGCUGCGACGACGACGACUACGACGACGACUUCUACCACUGUUGCACGAACCGUGGCAACACUUCCGCCUUUAUUCGGGUCACCGCACGCUUCCAGCGAGGAAAUGGCGUCCAUGGAAUUUAUGGGCCCGUACGGGAUCCCGUACCAGGUUUCGAAUCCGUUCUACUCGUCGAUGAACUCGGAUGGGGACUUUAUUCGGAAGCGGACGCCGAGGAUCAGGCGGAUGCCGGAAGCUGACGGGGAACUCGGAGGUUAUGGAAGCAAUUAA